GUGACUCACCACUGUGAUUCUACUAUGCCUUCUGACCCCGUCUUGGACUUCGUUUGGGAGAAUGUGGAGCCAUUUGAACAGGCUCCUCUUCUGGAGCAUAUUUUCUUCUGUCACUUGUAGAAAAGCUGUAUUGGAUUGUGAGGCAAUGAAAACAAACGAAUUCCCUUCUCCAUGUUUGGACUCAAAGACUAAUGUGGUUAUGAAGGGUCAAAAUGUAUCUAUGUUUUGUUCCCAUAAGAACAAAUCACUGCAGAUCACCUAUUCAUUGUUUCGACGUAAGACACACCUGGGAAGCCAGGAUGGAAAAGGUGAACCUGCGAUUUUUAACCUAAGCAUCACAGAAGCCCGUGAAUCAGGCCCCUACAAAUGCAAAGCCCAAGUUACCAGCUGUUCAAAAUACAGUCGUGACUUCAGCUUCACGAUUGUCGACCCGGUGACUGCCCCAGUGCUGAACAUUAUGGUCAUUCAAACAGAAACAGACCGACAUAUAACAUUUCGUUGCCUCUCAGUCAAUGGCUCGCUGCCCAUCAAUUACACUUUCUUUGAAAACCAUGUUGCCAUAUCACCAGCUAUUUCCAAGUACGACAGGGAGCCUGCUGAAUUUAACUUAACCAAGAAGAAUCCUGGAGAAGAGGAAGAGUAUAGGUGUGAAGCUAAAAACAGAUUGCCUAACUAUGCAACAUACAGUCAACCUGUCACCAUGCCCUCAACAGGCGGAGACAGCUGUCCUUUCUGUCUGAAGCUACUACUUCCAGGGUUAUUACUGCUGCUGGUGGUGAUAAUCCUAAUUCUGGCUUUUUGGGUACUGCCCAAAUACAAAACAAGAAAAGCUAUGAGAAAUAAUGUGCCCAGGGACCGUGGAGACACAGCCAUGGAAGUUGGAAUCUAUGUAAAUAUCCUUGAAAAACAAGCAAAGGAGGAAUCUGUGCCAGAAGUGGGAUCCAGGCCGUGUGUUUCCACAGCCCAAGAUGAGGCCAAACACUCCCAGGAGCUACAGUAUGCCACCCCCGUGUUCCAGGAGGUGGCACCAAGAGAGCAAGAAGCCUGUGAUUCUUAUAAAUCUGGAUAUGUCUAUUCUGAACUCAACUUCUGAAAUUUACAGAAACAAACUACAUCUCAGGUAGAGACAGGUUUUUGCUAUGUUGGCCAGGCUGGUCUUCAACUCCUGACCUCAAGUGAUCCGCCCACCUCGGACUCCCAAAGUGCUGGGAUUACAGGCGUGAGCCACUUCGCCUGGCCCUCCAUUUCCUGAUCUAGUCUUAUAUCCACGCUCACCACCUCAGCACGCUCAGACCCACGCUGCUGUGGGCUCCUCUGGCUCCUGGAAGAGUGCGUCCGCAGAUGCUGCAGUCUUUGUGUGGCUCAGCAAUUGCCACUCACAUCAGGAACUGCCUUUACCCUGUCAGGCUCCACUGAGACCCGACCCUGGUUAUUAAGCUAUAGGGGAGACAAGGAUGGAUCUUAAAGAAGACAAGCAAAAUGUAGUGAAGCAAAUAGAAUGGUGGUUCCUGGGGGAUGGGGGCAGGGGACAAAGAGGAGUGACUGGCUAACAGGUACAGCGUUUCAGUUUGGAAAGACAAAAAAGUUCUGGAAAAAAGAUGGAAGGUGGUGAUGGUUGCACAAUAAUAUGAGUUUUGUUGUUGUUGUUUUUUGAGACAGAGUCUCUCUCUGUUGCCCAGGCUGGAGUGCAGGGGCACGAUUUCGGCUCACUGCAACCUCUGCCUCCCGGGUUCAAGCGAUUCUUGUGCCUCAGCCUCCCAAGUAGCUGGGAUUACAGGCACCCACCACCAUGCCCAGCUAAUUUUUGUAUUUUUAGUAAAGAUGAGGUUUCACCAUGUUGGCCAGGCUGGUCUCAAACUCCUGACCUCAAGUGAUUGGCCUGCCUUGGCCUCCCAAAGUGCUGGGAUUACAGGCAUGAGCUAUUGCGCCCGGCAAUAUGAAUGAAUGUUUUUAACACCAUUGAAUUACACACCUAAAAUUGGUUAAAAUGGUAAAAAAUUUUAUGUUAUGUAUAACUUACCACAAUAAUUUAAAAAAUAUUGUGAAGCGCCUGCCUCAUGUGAGGUCUUCUAAUAAGAGUGGCUGUUCUCCUUCUCAAGAGCGCUUGCGGGCAUUGGGAGUUUCAUAUUCUCAAAUGUCCACAUCCCAAGGCCUACCCCGCCCCUGUCAGUGUCAGAAGUUAGCAGAGCAGAACUGCUAGAUGUGCUCAUUCCAUCUCCUCCAUGGUUGGCCCACCCUUUCGAUCAGAUCCUGGAAUUGGCUUUCAGCACAGCCUUCCAGCUGGCUGUGAUAAAUGAGAGUGGCUUAAACCCUGUCAUCAGGGUUUCACAGCUUGCCCUGAACCCGUAGCCUCUCAUUUUCUCCUUGCAAAUCUUCUAAGGCAGCUAAGAGAAGCCAAUUAACUUCACAAUCCACAUAAUUAGCAUUGCCCCAAACCUUUCAAGUGCUGGAAUGCUGGCGUCCACUAGUGCCUCAUUUCUUUCUAAACCUCAUUCCACAUGGCAAGGGAAGGUCUUAGGAAUUGUGGAGCUGUGGCGUUCUAAGGGUUCUCACUGCCUACCUAUCACCAGCAAGGGAGUCCUUGUUGCCAUCCAUCCCUAGGGGGUAAUUUUGUUCCCUGAGGCUGCUUUCUAGGGACUUCUGGUCCCUUGUUUUAUCCUGGACCAGACCUGAAAGCAGAGCCUGAAAUAAGGCCUUCUAUGCACAUCAUUUAUGUAGGAGGUGGCCCUAGGAAGCAGGCCCAAUGCGCCAUGGGAAAAACCAGUACCAGAGUGUUUUGCUGAGUUGAGCACUGUGGUGGGCAGCUGGACGUGAGCCCACUGGAAUCUUCUGAAGAGCCCAAGAGCCUCUUCUCAGUAUUGUCCACUUGAGGAUUGAUAGUGAGAGGCAUUUAUCCAUUGGUGUCCAACGCUCACUGGUUGAGGAUCACCCCAGAAAGCGACACCUCCCCCACUUCUAGACUAGCAUGUGGGUAUUCCAAGCAGGCUUACCUCAGUGUCUCACCCCAGGCACUGCAAACACCCCAGGACAGAAAGUGAACAUGUGUAUUGUGCAAUUGAAGCAAGACACUAUCAGUGCAAAGUGAGUAGACCCUCAGAUGCUGCUGGGUCAGAGGGAAGGCCCAGGGAUAUGACACAGGACACAGAGGUGGCAGAUACACCACCUCCCAACAUUUCCUCUAUCACAGCAACUAGAACAAUGGCAACAAUAGGGGUGGGUGUGGUGGCUCACGCCUAUAAUCCCAAUACCUUGGGAGGCCAAGGCAGAAGGAUUGCUUGAGCCCAGGAGUUCAAGACUAGCCUCGGCAACUUGGCGAAACCCUGUCUCUACAAACAUAUUUGUAUGUGAUUGAACAAGUAGAACAAUGGAACGGAAAGUCCGGAUGUAGUUCUAAAUAUGUACAGUAACUUAGUAUAGGAUAAAUAUGGCAUCUUAAAUCAAUGGGGAAAAGAUGGAUUAUUCAACAUAUUGUAAAAACUUGAGAAUCACAUUAAAAAAGUUGGACUCC